GACUGGGCUUAACAUCUGGCCCAUAUAAAAGAUUUAGUUUCAUUAUAGCCCACUCAAUCGCCCUCAUCUUCUAUCUGACAAGACUGCCUCCCUUCCCAGUAAAGCUAGGGUUUAAGGUUUAAGCCACCCUCUUCUCUCUGGAUUUCUUUCCGUUUCGAAAUUCUCUGCUUCAGUGGUUGAAUCUCACAAUUCAUUCUUUAAUAUUUAAGCUUAAAUCUGAGCUCAAUGCCUAGAAAAUCUAAAUCUGGCAAGGUACUUGAAAAAACGCAAGAAAUUGCUCCUGUAGAAGAUGAAAAGCCUUCUUCGAAGUCAAAAAAAGGAAGUAAAGAGAUUGAUGAAAAGCCUUCUUCGAAGUCUAAAAAAGUCAGUCAUGAGAUUGAUGAAAUUUUCGCUGGUAAAAAAAGGAAGAAACCUGAAGAAAAAAAAUCCCAGAAGUCAAAUAAAGAUGAAUCUGGUGAAACAAAAUUGGUGAAAAGGAAGAAAGAAAAUAAGAGUAAAGGAGUUGCAGAGGGUGGUUUCGCAGAUGCUCCUUCUCGGCCUAAGAAGAAAACUGAAGAUGGGUUUACUAUCUACACUGAAGAGGAGUUGGGUAUCAAUAAUUCUGAUGCUGGAAACACUCCGCUUUGUCCAUUUGAUUGUUCCUGUUGCUUUUAGUGGUACUUGCAGAUGGGUAUGUU